AUGGGUAUUAUUACAGUAUGUUUACACAUAUUAAUUAGUACAAUAUUAAUGUGCAUUUUAUCUAUUGUCGUAGCAUUUAUUGGUAUACUGAAAUGGUGUGAUGUUAUUUUUCAAUUUAUUAUGAAAUCAUUACUUUUACCAAUCUUAAAACAAGUAAAUAAUAAUGCUGAUGAAACAACUAUUCAAAGGCUGAUAGAACAUAUACGUUCAGCAACAGAUCAUCUAACAUUGGCAGUUUUUAUUGUUACCUUAAUACUUUUGGUAAUUUUAUGUUUUGGUAUGGUUGGAAUUUGUUUUCGUAGCAAGGUCAUUAUUUUCAUUUAUAUUCUUCUAUUGGCACUUUCUAUUGUAUUACUGUCUGUUUGGCUGAUAACAGAAUCUGCUGACCCAGAAAUAAUAAACAUUCCUAUUAAAAACCAACUGAAGUUAUUAAUUGCUAAUUAUCAUUCUGUGGGGUCUAAUGAAACGGAUAGUGUGAUCUUAGCAACUUUAAUGCCUUUGCUAUCAUGUUGUGGUUACUUUAAUGGUGAAGAUUUUGAAAGAUCACGAUUUGUUCGUAGUGAUACUUAUCAGAAUAUGAAAUAUCAGGACAUUCAUUAUCCAAUCACAUGUUGUCAAUUGGAUUCGAAAUUCUCUUUGAGAUAUUCUUCAUGUCCAAAUUACUUUACUGAAUCAAAUAGCUUUAUUCAAAUUGGCUGUUGGAAUAAAUUAAAUGAUUUAAUUCUACUUAUUCGACAUGCUAUGAUAUUAGUUAUAGUUGGUAAAAUUGGAAUAUUGUUUCUUCUCUCGGGAUUUUCAUCGUUAGAAAUAAUUCCACGUAAAACAACUUUUAUCUAUCCAUAAAGUAUUUUGAAUAAAUACAGAUUAGAAAAUCAGUUUAAUUAUAUACAUAGAUUGACAUUAGAUUUAUUGUACUUAUGUAUCAUUGAUGUUGUACAAUAAAUAACAAACUUAUGACAUAAUUAUGUUAUAUUUUAAACAAUUGAAGUUAAUCGUUUUAUUGUUAAAACUAUAGAGUUUGCAUUUUGAAUAAUAAAAACAUACUUAUUGAACAUGUUGUUAAUUGAAUUCAAAGAACAGAUACAUUUCUGUGAACUAUAUUUACGAAUGAAAUAUGUAUUCGUUAAUCAUUGAUUUUAGAUUGAGAUCAUGAAUUGAUUGAUGUGAGAUCACUAUUGAAAACUUGGAAGCAUUGGACGACCGUUUCGUUCUAUUUUGGAACUCCUCAACAGUGAAUAUCCACGAUCCCGCUUGCGGGAUUCAAUCUGACGAGUGAACGCUUGACCUCUAGACCAAUGAGUCGGCAUCCAGUGGUGUUAAUGUUUAACUUCAACCAAUC